AUGAAAAAAUUCUUAAUUUUUUUGAUACUAAUUGUUUUGUGUUUAUCAAAGGCAGGGGAUUGUACAAAUGCCUAUUGUGGAUCUCAACUAAAAGCUUGUAAAGGCGGAGGAAAUUGUGAUUAAACUGCUGCAAAAUGUGCUAAUCAAUUUAAAUAAUAUGUUCAUCGAGCAUAAAAAUCUGGGUAAUAUAAGGGAACAGAAGCUGGCUAUCAAGAUUUUACCUAUUGUAUGAGUACAAAUUCAGCAGCUAAAAGUUUAAAUAGUUGCAGUAAGUAAUAUUGCAGCAAAGUACUUUAUGAGGAGAGUAUUAGAAUAGAUGAGAUUAUUUAGUCAUUUUGAUUAUUAUUUCGUUUUUAUUAUGAAAAAUAUCAUCAUUA